UGAGAAAAAUGUUCUGCCAGCACUCUCGGCUCAGCAACAUCAUGUUUCGUGCCGUGUUACUAGCUGUCUGCGUGUCACUGGCCUGGUCGGACACGCCGGCCAACUGCCUGUACGAGGACAUCCGCGGCACAUGGACCUUCCAGGAGACGGAGCGGUCGGGCGACAGCAGCCUCAGCUGCGACGAACUCGGCCCCGUCGUCCACACCAAGACCUUCACCCUCAGCUUCCCCGACACCGCCAUGGACGAGCUCGGGAACGAGGGCACCUGGACCAUGAUCUGGAACCAAGGUUUUGAGGUUAACAUCAACGAAAGGUCGUACUUCGCCUUCUCCUACUACGAGGGUGACUUUAUCUCGUCCACCUCCUACUGCGACCGCACCUUUAACGGCUGGUCACGUGACAAGACCGUCAGGAACUGGUCUUGUUUCAGCGCCCAGAAGAACACGAAGACCACGCCUCGUAUCAGUCAAAAGGUCAAAGCGCCUUUGCCUUCAGGAGCUUUCAAGAAUGACCAGAAGAUGGUUGACGACAUCAACGCUUCCCAGACGUCAUGGAAGGCUAAGGUCUAUGAAAAACAUGAGAAGUACUCAGUCGAAGAGAUGUUCCUCCGCGCGGGAGGUCCCGGCAGCGUCCUCCCCAACCCCCCCUCCCCCGCCCCCGCGACCCCCGAGCAGAAGGCCCGCGUCUCCUUCCUGCCGGAGAACUUCGACUGGCGUGACGUGGAGGGCGUGAACUACGUGAGCGCCGUCAGGGACCAGGCUUCGUGCGGCUCCUGCUACACCUUCACCUCCAUGGCUCAGCUGGAAGCGCGCUUGCGAAUAGUCACCCGUAACCAGCGCCAGGACGUCUUCUCAACGCAGGACGCCGUCUCGUGUUCCGUGUUAUCCCAGGGGUGCCUCGGAGGCUUCAACUACCUGAUCGCCGGACGCUACGCCAUGGACCAGGGCGUCGUGGCCGAGGAGUGCAACCCUUACGCUGGUCUCCUUGGCACCUGUGACACCGACGAGACCUGCGCGCGCACCUACGUGAGCGAGUACGAAUACGUGGGCGGUUACUACGGAGCGUGCAACGAGGAGCUCAUGUUGCACGCCCUUGUUGCAGAAGGACCGAUGGCCGUGGCUUAUAUGGUUUAUGAUGACUUCCAUAACUACGAGGGAGGGAUCUACCAUCACACUGGUUUCAAGAACGAUUUUAACCCACUUGAGGUGACCAACCACGCCGUCCUGCUGGUGGGCUACGGCGUGGACAACGCUACUGGCGAGAAGUACUGGACGUGCAAGAACUCGUGGGGCGCGGACUGGGGCGAGGACGGCUUCUUCAGGAUCAGGAGAGGAAGCAACGAGUGCUCCAUCGAGUCCUUAGCUUUCCAUUCUACGAUUAUUCCUUAAGAGGAAAAGAGUGAAGAGUGAAAGAAAUUGGUGAAGAAAAGAGGAUUGAUUGGUGUAUAGGAUACAGAAAUAAUAAAUUUAUGAAGAUAU